AUGAAAAUGCGUUCGAAAAUGUUUCAUCCCCAAUGUCUGACGCAUCAGGGGAAGGAACCCCUGGUCUUGAGUCUCCUGUUGGAGAGACACCAGAGGAGAGAGAGAGAAGAAUGACGGAGUUAAGGGAGGAACUGGAAAAGGUGGAGUCAGAGAUCAACAUGCUGCGACAAGUUCUGGGCAGCAAAGUCCGACACGCCACCGAGCUCAAGCGCAAGCUGGGCAUCACACCCUUCCAGGAGUUCAAACAGGACCUGCAGUCGGGCAUUCAGCAGAUCCGCAGCUCAGACUCGUACCAGAAGACCAAUGAUACUUUGCACAACUUGAAUGAGAAAAUCUCAAAUUCGCAAGCGUACCAGAAGACAUCUGCUGUGGUGAAGACCGCCUCUGAGAAGACCUCGUCCGCCUUCUCCUCUGUGGGCCAGGUCAUGGCCAAGAAGAUGGGCGAUAUCAAGAAUUCUCCAACCUUCAAGUCUUUUGAUGAGAAAGUGCACACAACCUACGCAAGUGUCAAGUCUUCCCGCUCCAUUGAAGGCUUGAAGGAGCGCUUGGCCAAAGUGACGGGCAGCCGUUCGUCCAGCGAGAUAGACGAGGCGUUCCGCGACGCCCAGGUUAGCGAGGACGGCGUGGUGACCACCCCCGAGGCGGCCGACGACGCGGCCAAGCCCAUGAACCCGCUGCCAGAGGAAAAGGUGCCGCUGUGAGAGGUCCACCCGGGGUCGCCGGACUGGUGACAUCAUGCUGGUGUACACAAACACAUACAGACAUAUUAUAUUACAUGUAUAUACAUAGACACGUUACAUACAUGCUUAAACACACAAACUCACACAGACAAAUUAUAUACAUGUAUAAACACACUGACUCACACAGAUAUACUGUAUACAUGCAAUACAUAGACACAUGUACAUACUUGCAUAAACACACCAAACACACA